GGCUUGCGUUACUUUCUAUAUAAUAUUGUUCAUCACAGUCAGCAAAUACCCUCACCAGGGCCCUUGUCAGGUUACUCUGUGGAAGUUCAAAUACACUUCAGACACUACUUGAUAGAGAGGAGCUGCAAUUUGUGCAAAACCUUCCACAAACUUCUCUAAAUGUUCAUAAGCAUGAAAAAACAUGAUCAGAUCAUUCAAAUAUAGCAAUAAUGAACAAAAUCUUUGGUCAUCUAAUUUCUCUAUCCCCAUCAAGUUUGGGAAAGGUUUUCAAUAUCUCUCUGUAAGCCACAGGUAAUUGAUUGUAAGCACUGACCAAAAUGGCCAUCCCAGUUUGCUGUGGGCAAGCCACAGUUAUACAUCAUGCAUCAAUGGUUUGGACCAAAAGCAGUAAUAGGUACCUUUAAUUUGAAGGCAUUAUUGGCCAUUAUUGUGUGUGAUAUCAGCUGGUAAGAGAGAGAAAGAAAUACUUAAAGCAUAGAUAAAAUAGAUGAGGCAUAGUGAAACACCUGUAGCACUGUAGCAGUAAAUUGUGAAGUUCACACUUUAUAAACUGUACAAUUGUUUGAAAUAGAUCUUGAGACUUGAUAGUUUUCCUUUGUGCAGUAUUUGAAAUAGAUUUGUUUUACUUUGUCAUGUUAAUAUUGUAUAUGUUCUUGACAGACACACUAAGAGGUGAGACAAUUUACAGUACUGAAUAAUGUGGUACCAGCUGGACAGGGCUAUGGCAGUGUGGAAAUCCGCCACCAUCCUUAUAUUCCUUUUGGGGAACUUCUUCCUCACUGAUGCCUUUAAACACCUAUCUGGUCAGCACCUAAGGUCUCAUUUGCACAAGGAGCGAUACCACAUUCGGCCAAACAUCAUCCUUAUCCUCACUGAUGACCAAGACAUAGAGCUUGGGUCCAUGAUGGCUAUGAACAAAACAAAGCAUAUAAUGAUGCAGGGAGGCACCCAUUUCUCGAAUGCAUUUUCUACUACACCCAUGUGUUGCCCAUCUCGAUCAUCUAUUCUGACUGGAAAAUAUGUGCACAACCACCACACCUACACCAACACUGGCAACUGUUCAUCACCUUCAUGGCAAGCCCACCAUGAAACUCGUACCUUUGCUGUUUACCUUAACAGUUCAGGCUAUAGGACUGCCUUCUUUGGGAAGUAUUUGAAUGAGUACAAUGGCUCCUAUGUGCCACCUGGAUGGAAGGAGUGGGUUGCACUAGUAAAGAACUCUCGCUUUUAUAACUACACAUUGUGCAGAAAUGGAGCCUGGGAGAAGCAUAACAUGGAGUAUCACAUGGACUACAUCACUGACCUUAUUACAAAUGAUAGUAUCAGCUUUUUUCGAAUGUCUAAGAGACGGUACCCCAACCGACCUGUGAUGAUGGUGCUGAGCCAUGUUGCUCCACACAGCCCAGAGGAUGCUGCACCUCAGUACAGUACAGCCUUUGUGAAUGCCUCUCAACACAUCACUCCAAGCUACAAUUAUGCCCCCAACCCAGACAAGCACUGGAUAUUGCAAUACACUGGCCCCAUGAAACCUGUUCACAUGCAGUUCACCAACAUGCUGCAGAGAAGGCGACUACAGACCCUGCUUUCUGUUGAUGACAGUGUAGAAAAGGUGUACAAUAUGCUGGUGGAGAUGAAGGAACUGGACAACACCUACAUUAUCUACAUGUCUGACCAUGGCUACCACAUUGGCCAGUUUGGCCUCAUUAAGGGAAAAUCCAUGCCCUAUGAGUUUGAUAUUCGUGUUCCUUUUUAUAUACGAGGUCCAAAUGUGGAGAAAGGCUCCAUUAACUCCCAUAUAGUUCUCAAUAUUGACUUAGCACCCACCCUUCUUGAUAUGGCUGGAGUUGACAUUCCUUUGGACAUAGAUGGAAAAUCAAUCCUCAAGCUACUAGAAACUGACAAACCAAUCAACAGGUUUCAGUUUAACAAAAAGAGGAAAAUGUGGAGAGACUCUUUUCUGGUAGAGAGAGGGAAGACUUUGCAUACGUUGAACAAUGGAAAAGGAGACAACUGGGAUUCACUGCCUAAGUUUCAGCGUGUUAGAGAGCUCUGCAGCAAAACAGAAUAUCAGACUCCUUGUGAGCAAUAUGGACAGAAAUGGCAGUGUGUUGUGGACUCCCUGGGUAUACUAAGACUUCAUAAGUGUAAGAGAACAGCACAUAGCUAUGUCACAAAUGAUCAGGACAAAAUGGCUAGAGGCCCACCACAGUACUGUAACUGUGAGCCUGAGGUACCUUUCAAAUGGAGGAAGAUGCUCAUUAAGAAAAAAAUUAAGACAAAGAAUACUUUGUCUCAGAAUCGUUGGGCCCGUUCGCUCCCACCUCACCUGGACAGUACUAUGUACACUCUGGAUCUGGUGGAGGGUUAUCGGCCAAUUGCACUAAAUAACAUAAGUCCCAGAUUGGGCAGGGAAAAGGCAGUUUAUGGAGGUUAUAAAGAGCUCAGUGGAAUGGAACCAAUAACCAACAACCUUACAUCACACACAGCCCUAAAAGUCACCUACAGGUGUUCAAUAUUGAUAAAUGACACAGUGAUGUGUGAUGGCAGAAUGUACAAAUCACUUCAGGCAUGGAAAGACCAUAAACUACACAUUGAGCAUGAGAUUGAGACACUACACUCCAAAAUAAAGAACCUUAAAGAGGUCAAAAGACAUCUGAAAAAUGUUCGCCCAAAGGAGUGUGAAUGCAACCAAAAUAUGCUGGCAUCUAAAGGUAAAAAAAAGUGGCUGCUGAUGAAACUGAAGAGCAAGAAGAACUUUCAGAAGCUGCUGAAGAACCUUCGUACUAAUAGCACUUGUAGUUUGCCUGGCCUUACUUGUUUUACUCACACUAACCACCACUGGCAGACUGCCCCCUUCUGGACAAAGGGACCAUUCUGUGCCUGUACCAGUGCCAACAACAACACAUACUCGUGUCUGAGGACCAUCAAUGAGACUCACAACUUUCUGUUUUGUGAGUUUGCUACAGGAUUCCUCGAAUAUUUUGACCUUAACAGGGAUCCCUAUCAGCUAAUUAAUGCAGUUAGUACACUGGAUCACAAUUCUCUCAACCACAUGCACCUACAGCUCAUGAAACUGCAUAGCUGCAAAGGUCACAAGCAGUGCAACCCUGAGAGAGGGGCCAAAGAACGAAACUUCCCUAUUAAUUACAGGUCCAAUUAUAAUCAAAAGAGGCCAGUGAAGAAACCAAAAUCACUGGAACAGAUAUGGGAAGGAUGGUUGGGGUAAAGGCGUCAUGCAUUACAGACCAUGAAGUGUAUGAACAAUGUGAAACUGGGAAAUCCAGUACAGAUUAUACAGAGUAUACUGUAUAUACAAAACCUCAAAAGUGCCUAUUAACAUUAAUACAACAUUUUGUAACGUUUUUAGAUUUGAAAUAUGCCCUGAAUUAAGUCACAUAUAGUCAUCUGUUGUAUUUAGCAUGGCCCAGCUGCUUAAAAUAAAAACCUGCAUUACACACUUAAUCAUACACAGCAGGAAUGGUGUUGUAUGGAUGUUCAAACAUUCUUCUCAAACAUGUUAUCAGAAAUGUCAUACAAAUGUCAAAUGUCAGACAAAUGCUAUUUUUUUAUUUCUCCCCUUGAAUGAAUAUUGUACUUAAAGUUGUGGAAUUUUUUAUUUACACACCAUUCUUUAUGAUGUUAUUACCUUAUAUCAACUGCUAAAUAAAGUAUGAUUCUGUUUCAUUUUGUAAA